UAUGCAACAGUACUGUUGCUCUGGUGAAAAGUGAAAAUCUGAAACGUCACUAUCUGAAAGAGCACCGCGAAUUUGAAGCGACAUUUCCUCAUGAUUCAGAGCUAAGAAAAAAAGAAAUCACGAGGCUGAAAAAGUCAUAUGAAACAUCAAGCAAGAUUUUUGUUAAAUCUAUGACACAACAACAAAUAGCAACAGAGUGCUCACUCAGAGUGGCAUGGCUUUUGGGUAAACACAAGAAGCCAUUCUCUGAUGCAGAAAUAAUUAAAGAAUGCUUGACUGAAGUGAUGGGUGCUAUGUUUGAAGGCAAAGAAAAGGAGGAAAUGACAGCUAAAAUAAAUCAAAUCCCACUCUCUGAUGCCACAGCUACCAGACGUACUGAAAUUCUGGCUGGUGAUUUGUCCAAGCUGCUUUGUGAUGGAAUAAAAAAUGCGGAGUGCAUAUCCCUAGCAGUGGAUGAGUCCACUGACACCACUGACAAUGCUCAGUUGUUGGUGUUUGUGAGGUAUUAUGAUGAAGAAAAGGGGGAGUUUAUUGAAGAUGUUUUGAGCCUGGCAAACCUCAGUGGACAAACAAGGGGAGAAGACAUCUAUAAAGCAAUAUCAGAAAUGCUGAAUGAAAAAGGGAUAGAUCUGAAGAAAGUUGUGUCCAUUGCUACUGAUGGAGCUCCAGCCAUGUUGGGGAGAGAGAAGGGACUGGUUCCGCGUCUGAGAGAACACCACCCUGGCCUGAUAUCUUAUCACUGCAUAAUCCACCUGUCUGUCCUUUGUGCAAGUCUUGGAGAAGUGUACUCUGAAAUCAUGACAACAAUGAUGAAACUCAUAAACUUCUUGGGAGCAUCAUCUGCACUGCAGCACCGCUUGUUGCGCACAUUCCUAACAGAGGUAGAUGCUGCUUUUGAUGAUUUGCUCGUGCACAACAACGUCAGAUGGCUGAGCAAAGGCAGGGUCCUGGAGCGUUUUUGGGCCAUUAGAGAAGAGCUGCAAGUGUUUCUGUCCCAACAAAAUAGCGCAAAAGCAAAACAGUUCCUGGAAUUUCUGCAAAAUGCUGGGAAAAUGGAAGCUGUGGCAUGUUUGGCUGAUAUAACCUCCCAUCUCAAUGACCUAAAUCUCAAGCUACAGGGGAAGAAGAACACAGUGUGUGAGCUGAUGUCAGAAGUCCCUGCCUUCCAGAGGAAGCUGGAGCUUUUCAAAAGUGACAUACAGGAGGAACUGCUCCACUUCCCCAAACUUCUGGAACUGACCAAAGGAGAGGGAGAUCAUCAGUGCCAUUUGGAAUUCUUGGAAAAAAAUCAUUCCAAAUUUCAAGACUCGCUUUGAUGGCUUCAUUUUGGGAAAACAAGUCCUGCUGUUCAUUGAAAACCCAUUCCUGAUCAGAAAUGUGAGUGUGUUCUCUGCAGAAGCAAAACAAGUCUUCCCAUGGGCCAGAGCUGCUUCACUGCAGACUGAGCUCAUUGACCCCCAAGAAAGCGUCGCACUGAAAGAGGCUCAGUGUGACGCCAUCACCUUCUGGUCAAAGCUGGUCAUUCCUUCCAAGUUCCCUCUGCUGCAUAAGAUGGCCUGUCACAUCCUCACAAUGUUUGGCUCAACAUACAGCUGUGAGUCUGCCUUCUCUACAAUGAACAUUGUGAAGAACAAGUACAGCAGCAGACUGACCAAUGAACACCUGGAUCAGUGUCUCCGCCUGGCCAUCACACCUUUUGU